UUGCUAUUAAAUAAUGGUUGUAGUUGUUGUUUUGUAAAGCGCAAACAGUGUCAAAAAUGGCUUUCUUGAAGACUGUAUGUACCACGAGUACCACUCUAGGACGACGCGCACUGUCCGUUUCUUGUGUGCGUAGUACCACCCAUCAAAACGGGUACAACUUUGAGUUGAAUGAUACCCAGAAGGAGUACCAAGCAGUCGCGCGCAAGUUUGCAAGGGAGGAAAUCGCGCCGGUGGCGGCUCACUACGACAAGACCAACGAGUUUCCACACGAAAUCGUCAAGAAAGCUUGGACUUUGGGACUGAAUAAUUUACACAUUCCCAAACACUGCGGGGGUCUAGAAGAAAACGUUUUUAACAGUUGUCUCAUCUUGGAAGAACUGUCAUGGGGGUGCACCGGGAUAUCAAGUGCCAUCAAUUCGUCAGGUCUAGGGCAAAGCCCGGUGAUCCUUGCCGGUACCAAAGAACAACAAAAGAAGUACCUAGGGCGCUUGGUGGAAGAGCCCCUCCAUGCUGCGUACUGUGUGACCGAACCCGGCACUGGGUCCGACGUGAACGGAGUGAAAACCCGUGCUGAGAAAAAAGGCGACGAGUGGGUCCUCAAUGGACAGAAAAUGUGGAUUACGAAUGGCGGUGUGGCCAAUUGGUACUUCGUACUAGCGCGGACAAAUCCCGACCCUAAAGCUCCCGCUAGUAAAGCUUUCACUGGCUUUAUCGUCGAAAGGGACACACCUGGUGUUACCCCUGGUCGCAAGGAAAUAAACAUGGGGCAAAGGGCAUCCGACACGCGCGGAGUAACCUUCGAGGACGUGCGCGUCCCCAAAGAAAACGUUCUUCUAGGUGAAGGAGCCGGGUUCAAGAUUGCCAUGGGUGCCUUUGACAAGACGCGACCUCCGGUCGCUUGUAGUGCCACAGGUCUUGCCCAAAGAGCUCUAGACGAAGCCGCAAAGUACUCUCUGGAACGCAAAACCUUCGGGGUACCUAUCGCGCACCACCAAGCCGUCGCGUUUAUCCUCGCUGAUAUGGCCAUCGGUGUGGAGACGGCGAGGUUGGCGUGGAUGCGAGCAGCCUGGGAGGCGGAUUCGGGCUCGAGGAAUAGCUACAACGCUUCGAUUGCGAAGGCCUACGCCGCCGACGUUGCCAACAAAAACGCGACGGAUGCCGUCCAAGUUUUCGGCGGGGCGGGCUUUAACAGCGAGUACCCGGUGGAGAAGCUGAUGAGGGACGCCAAGAUUUUCCAGAUCUACGAAGGUACCACCCAGAUCCAGAAGUUGGUGAUUUCGAGGAGUAUUAUCGAUGCGACGAAACGACUAGCUUGAUGAUUGUUGAUUUUUAAUAAACGUGAUGUUGUUGAA